UGUAUACGCGUUACGGAGCGUCGCGGCGUCGUCGUCCUCGUCCUCUUCCCCCCCCCCCUCUCCACAGCCUCGGCGAUUUGCAGAGCUCAUCAUGGCAUCAAAACGCAUCUUGAAGGAACUGAAGGAUCUGCAGAAGGAUCCUCCGACCUCCUGCAGUGCAGGUCCUGCAGCUGAAGACAUGUUCCAUUGGCAAGCAACAAUUAUGGGACCCCCUGAUAGUCCAUAUGCUGGAGGUGUAUUUUUAGUAAAUAUUCAUUUUCCUCCAGAUUAUCCUUUCAAGCCCCCAAAGGUUGCUUUCAAGACAAAGGUCUUCCAUCCAAACAUCAAUAGUAAUGGUAGCAUUUGCUUGGAUAUUCUCAAGGAGCAGUGGAGCCCUGCUCUAACCAUCUCUAAGGUAUUGCUUUCGAUCUGUUCUUUGUUGACGGAUCCGAACCCCGACGACCCUCUUGUCCCGGAGAUCGCCCACAUGUAUAAGACCGACCGAGCUAAGUACGAAACCACAGCUCGUAGCUGGACGCAAAAGUAUGCCAUGGGUUAAAGCUCCCAUGCUUCCGUCUCACCUCCCGUCACCUUAAAGUGACCCGAAAAUCGUGUUCUAAAAGAAAGGAAAGUUCCUCAUUCUCUCUACUGUGAAUUCUAUUUUUUUCAAUUCUAUGCAAGUUUGUGCUCUAGUUUCUAUUGUUAAGAUUUGUAUGGAUAAGGUAAUGAGAACAUGGCAUGCGAUUGGCUUUUAUUUAUUUUGGUUUCUCUUUAUUGAAAAGUAUUUGAAGGACCUAAAGGAUGUUAUGCUUUCUGGUAAUUGGUCAUUUACAGAAUUUUAACUCAAUU